AUGCAUCAUUCCACUCUCUUCACGUUCGCGUGUUUCGCCCCCUUCAUUUCGGCCCAUAUGGUGUUUUUUGACGCCUAUGGAGACUAUAAUCCAAAAGUCAAAGGAUGGGCUCUUGGGUACCAUGCCAAUACUCCUCGAGGUAAUAAAUAUUACCAACUCCCUUACCAACAAGAUACUUCUUUAUUCAGCACCCCUGCCAUCCCGAAAGCUGGCAGCCCCAGGGAACGGCUUGUAACAGGCUGUGGCCUGAGUCUUUACUCUAUCAGCCAAGCUGAAACAAGUUAUCAGCCACAAAAAUUUGUUAGUAUUAGUGAUGCGCAGAAAAACACAGAUUUCUUCCAACAUAAAUAUCUACCCUAUAGCCACCCAGAGGGAUACGGUUACAUGGGACCACAUGUUCCUAUUACAAGUGAAAUAAAGAGAUUGGUCGACAAUGGCGCAUUGCCCCAGGCCAUGCAGAAUGGAAAAAUCAAGUUUUCAAGUUUUCAAAUUAAUGCUGAUGGAGCUGGCCUAUACGAAUGCUAUUUAAAUAUUAAAGGCGAUGCAAUGAACUGGACAGCUCCAAAAGCCGCAAUUAGUACGAUUACAAAGACUAUUACCGCAAACAGUAACGUUCAAACAGUUUAUGUUAUCCAUAUCGGCGGACGUCCUAUCCAUACUGACAUACCUGCUACUACUAAGACUAUUUAUCGGGCUGUCGGAAAUGGUGGAAACAGUCAAAAUGUGAAGAUUAUCUAUAUUGUUAUACCUGACGGUACUACAAAGACUAUCACAAAGACCCUUGAUCCUAAGACCAUCGUUAUGACCAAGACAUUGAAGAAAGGUAGACGAAAUGUCAUGACGACCAUCACUACUACUACAGUAGAAGUCCCGGCUCCAACCGACGAGUCCGACGACCCUCCAAAGGAGGUUGAAUACCAGAAAUGA